UAACAUAACAGAUUGUCCAGUCCAAAAGUGUCCCAAGAAGAGAGAGACCAUUACUAGAUCCAGUCAAAUGGAGCGAAGGUUGCUAGAAGCAGCUCAAAAGGGCAAUAUCGAAGAGCUGAAUGACUUGAUCAGAAGCAAUGGGCUCAUCCUCGAGGAGAUGGCUCUCGAAGGAGCCGGUCACACGCCGCUGCACGUCGCUUGUCUGGCCGGCCAUUUGGAUUUCGUCCGAGAGCUCCUGAAGUUGAUGCCGAGGUUCGCCGAAAAAGUGAACGCGGAUGGCUUCAGUCCGUUGCACAUCGCGGCAGCUCGAGGUGAUGUUGAGAUCGCGAGGGAGCUCUUGAGAGUGGGUCAACACCUGUGCUUUGUGAAGGGAAGGGAGAGACGAAUCCCUUUGCAUUACGCUGUCAUAAACGGGGAGCUCGAUGUCAUGAAGGUGCUGCUCUCCUCUUCGCCCGAGUCUGACGAAGAGACAACAGCCAAGGAGGAGAGAGCAAAAUAUACUGGAGUUUCUGCUGCUUCAAUGAAACUAUCUUCAUUAUCUCCAAAGACAUUCAAAUAA